CCGGGGUGGUUGAGCUGUAUCAACAUUUAAGCAGGAUUAAAUAUCGCAUUCUGAUACAGUAGAGGAAGAUGCCCUCCAACUUCCGGGGCCAAAGCUACUCCAAGCUCAAGAAGGCUUGCCUGAAGAAAGGUGAACUGUUCGAGGACCCCGAGUUCCCUGCCAACAACAAGUCCCUCUUCUUCAGCAAGAUUGACAAUGACGUCGUAUGGAUGAGGCCAAAGGAGCUGUGUAAAGUGCCACGGCUGGUGGUGGAGGGGGUCAGCUGUGAUGAUCUCAACCAGGGAAGUCUCGGCAACUCCUGGUUCGUCAACGCAUGUACCAGCCUCACCCAGGAAACAAAGAUGUGGCAGAGGGUGGUGGUGGAUCAUCGGACUCAGGAGUGGGAUGAUAAGAACGAGUAUGCCGGCAUCUUCCGCUUCCAGUUCUGGAGGUUCGGCGAUUGGGUGGAUAUUGUCGUGGACGACCGACUCCCCACCAAGGACGGCAAACUCAUCUUUUGUCACUCGAAAUCCAGGAACGAGUUCUGGUCCGCGCUACUCGAGAAGGCAUACGCUAAGUGA